CCACAGGGUAUAAAUACAAGCUGGAGCGCCGACACGUCCCGACUCUGGUCAAGUGAGCGAGGAGGCCUUAUUACGUCGUCUUCCGCCCGAACAAACCGCCGAUAUGACGAGGUCCGUAUCGGCGUGUACCGGUACCUGUUCCACCCCGAACAGCUGAUCACCGGGAAGGAGGACGCGGCCAACAACUACGCCAGAGGUCACUACACCAUCGGCAAGGAGAUCGUUGACCUCGUCCUGGAUCGGGUCAGGAAGCUGGCGGAUCAGUGCACCGGCCUUCAGGGAUUCCUCAUCUUCCACUCGUUCGGCGGUGGCACUGGCUCCGGCUUCACCUCCCUGCUCAUGGAAAGACUCUCGGUCGACUAUGGCAAGAAGAGCAAGCUGGAGUUUGCCAUUUACCCGGCCCCGCAGGUGGCGACGGCCGUCGUCGAGCCCUACAACUCCAUCCUGACGACGCACACGACGCUCGAGCACUCCGACUGCGCCUUCAUGGUGGACAACGAGGCCAUCUACGACAUCUGCCGCCGCAACCUGGACAUCGAGCGCCCGACCUACACCAACCUGAACCGCCUCAUCGGCCAGAUCGUGUCCUCCAUCACCGCCUCCCUCCGCUUCGACGGCGCGCUCAACGUCGACCUGACGGAGUUCCAGACCAACCUGGUGCCGUACCCGCGCAUCCACUUCCCGCUGGUCACCUACGCGCCCGUCAUCUCCGCCGAGAAGGCCUACCACGAGCAGCUCUCCGUCGCCGAGAUCACCAACGCCUGCUUCGAGCCGGCCAACCAGAUGGUCAAGUGCGACCCGCGCCACGGCAAGUACAUGGCCUGCUGCCUGCUGUUCCGCGGCGACGUCGUGCCCAAGGACGUCAACGCCGCCAUCGCCUCCAUCAAGACCAAGCGCACCAUCCAGUUCGUGGACUGGUGCCCCACGGGCUUCAAGGUGGGCAUCAACUACCAGCCGCCCACCGUCGUGCCCGGCGGCGACCUGGCUAAGGUGUCGCGGGCGGUGUGCAUGCUGUCCAACACCACGGCCAUCGCGGAGGCGUGGGCGCGACUCGACCACAAGUUCGACCUGAUGUACGCCAAGCGCGCCUUCGUGCACUGGUACGUGGGCGAGGGCAUGGAGGAGGGCGAGUUCACGGAGGCGCGCGAGGACCUGGCGGCGCUCGAGAAGGACUACGAGGAGGUCGGGAUGGACUCGGCCGAGGAGGAGGGCGACGACAACGAGUAUUAGUGCCCGACGGCGCUCCAAGUGGUAGAUUCACACACCCCCACACACACACAUACACACACACACACUUACACACACACUCACACCACACGCGCAGACAGCACAACCACUGAAAACGGAAGCUUAGAAGCGAUAUUUCAUCAAGCCUUAUUGCUUUUCCCAGCCCGCCCUCCGCCAGACGUCACGGGGUCUCCCACCGCAGUCGAAACCACUGGAUUCCCAGCCGCCUCGCCCCCCCCCCCACGCCCCCACGCCCCCCACCCCUCUCCCU